CAACAUUCUCUUUAUAUACUAUCGUGCCAAGGACUUUGUAAAACCGGAGUGGCAAGAUUAUUUGUUCAUAGCCAACUUGUUUCACCGAUCUUACAAACGUUCGGGGAUCGUCGAAUUUGUCUGAAACAGUUUCGUGCACCUAUAACGUGCCCAUCGCCCACAUUUUCUAGUGUUGGUAACCCGAUCCGCUGUAAAAAUAAAAAGAUCCGAACAGAUAAUGCAAGAAAAAUUGAAAGCAAAAAUCAGUGAAAUCAUUCCCACUUUUUAUCACCGAUACCGUUACGGGUACCACGGUGGAAUCUUUCGACGAAAAGUACCUGCACUAUAUGGCAAUUCAGACCGAGCCUUCUCAAUAAUGUAGACAGGAUUUUUUUUUUUCUCUUUUAUAUAUAUAUAUAAAGGGAUAAUGUUGUUAUUCCGUGACCACGGAUACCAACAACACAGAUAUUUUGAAAUUGCCUUACAUCACGCGUUACAGCGACAAGAGAAAAAAGUGCCUGCAGUUGAUGGGUAUACCCAGACGAACGUGGAAACCAUGAAAAUCUACAAGGACUUGUCCGUCAGGUUUGACUUUUCGUUGUUAAAUAAUUUGCGAUUUUCAUCAAAACAGUUUUGAUCAGGAUGGGCGUUUACGUUCUCAAUUGUGGGAUGACGAAUUUUACAGAGUAUAGUGAGUAUUCAACAUGGACACACUGAUCAAUGGUGUCCUCGAGUGCAGGGGUUGGAAGCAAAUUGCGGAAAUCAGAAGGACCGAUGCAGUGCAGGUGUUGAUCGAAUUAUUUCAUCAAAAUUGUUUCCCGAGAAAUACACGGGAUCAACGCUCUCCGUUUUAAGGAUUAACCGUGAAGAUUCGCAAGUUCUACGAUGAUCUUAAAGAUGACAUUAAAACGAAAGCGAAGACCUCGCCACGAUUUUGAAAAUCUAAACCGAAUCUCAUCAGAUCUGUUCUCAAAGUUUAUCAACGAUGUGUAAAUCUAAGUUCAAGGAUGUAUUAUCGAGGUCGCGAUGUUAUAGGUCGUUGGAUUUAUUUAAACUUUUACUUCGGGAUCGGUAUUUUAUAGUAUUAUGAGAAUACUAUAAAAUCUCCAAUAGAAAAUAACCCUGGCGAAAAACGAACAAAGCAAAUUGCCUUCUCAACAUAUUCCGGUGAUUUUUUAAACUCAGACGGUUAACACUCAGAGAAGAUUUUUACAAUCUACCAUAGACAUAAUCUACGUAUAGUCUUCAACGGUGUACUCUUGGGUAGUAUGUGAAUAUUGUUAGGACUGGUUUGGCGCUUUUUUAUUAUACCGUAACAUGAGACUUUGAUUACAACGAAUAAAUACAAGGAGAUACGGUAAGAUGAAUUUCAUAGAUCGAUGAAAUACUGAAGAUGUUUUCCUCUACACGCCAUACUUCGAUUCAUGCAUGCCGAAAAAAUCAUCCAAACUGAAUUGUCACUCUAAAGAAACAAUAAUCGCACCAUUAUUCUUGAAACAUAGACCUACAUUCGAAAUACUAUCACUACUUCAGAAGUUAUUCUUGGUUUUACCUAAACACCUUGAGAUAAUUAUUCAUGGUCAACCGUCGAAUAGAAUUUGAUGUCCUUGAUUCGAAUUUUUCAUCAACUGAUGGACACUAAUUUUGCAGAGAGCCAAUUACAAUCAGCUGAUUGCGUUCUACUGUACUCGACUUCGAUCCUAGAUCUUCAUAAUUUUUUCAAAUGAAACUCUGUGUCUUGUAAUCGAAUACCUAAUCAAAUUGAAAAAGAUACGCUUUUUUUUAACUCUUAAUAAUUUAUUGCGCGUUUUGUAGCAGAUGCUACAAACAGAGAUGUGAACUCUGUGAAUUCUUAGCCAGUAAAUGUAAGUCCGGCGUGUAAAUCUUCCGCUGUAAAUCAUACGUGUGUAACACAAAAACAUACGAGCAAUUUAUUUCGUCUCAUAAAAACUCGUCGUCUAGAAAACCUCUGGGAUUUUCUGUUCCUUCAAGUAUGAGGGAGUCGCGGGAUGGUGUGAAAAAUGAUAUUCUGUUUAUUCAAGUCGACAAUUAUCGUGCUCUUCAAAUUUUGCUGGUACUGCGUUUUGGUUAAAACCCAAAAAAAAAAUGCGAAACUGGUUUUUGCAGUUUGUUUAACCUUCGGAAAAUUUACAAUUCAUGCAUGCAGCAUACAGUACUCGGCGCAAAUCUUUUUGAAAUUCUUAUUUUUCGCAAUUCUCUCGUUUCAUCUUUUCCAUUGCGAUACCGCAUCUGUCUGGGUAAGGUGUUCAUUAUUUUAAAUUUCAAAUAUCAACCUUCCAUCAUUGGAAGAAUUGAAUUUUCUGCAUAUAUUCAGAAAUUACGUUAUUAUACCUACGUGAUCAUGUAUCUCAUUGUAAGCCUAGUCUUAUACAUAUAUGUACAGUUGAGAUUCCGUAAAAAAUAUUUCCAUCACAUUAUAGUGGUUAUCCGUGAUCUCGUACGCCAGCCUUGCACUGACGAUUUACGAUUUGCAUUUUUUUUUUUCAUUAUUUUUCAUUGUGAAUCAUCACGAAACGUAACAUCAAACAUUAUUCUCGUACUGUUGAUUAUACGCGUUUUCAGUAAAAUGUGUCCACAAAAAUUAUAGACUCAAGAUUUUUAGAAGGGUCAUAAUAGGCUUGAAAUAAGAUAAUUGCGUAGAAGUAUAGACUCGAUUAGUUGAAAUCCCACGCCAUAAAACUAUAACGGACCACCGCGUACAUGUAUAAGUUGUCUCAGAAUCCGACCAGCUAUAGACUUCAGGUGUACGUUUUUGAGUUAAAAAAUUCAUCCAUUCAGCGUUGAGUAGCAAACGAUACGUAUAAUUAUGCGAAUAACCUUGGAAAUGAUAUAUACUAUGAUAAAUUAAUUGAUCAAAUAAGCGCUAAUUUAUGAAAAUAAAUAAUAUACGAUGACCAAUUAUCGAGAUAUAGUUUGAUAUAAUUUAAAUAAAACACUCCGCAAUUCUCGUAGUACGAAAAUUACACGGCCCGAUCUGGAGUUGGCUACAACAACAGUGACCAAUUAACAUUUUUUCGAUUUAAGGUUCUCGCGUGUAUAGAACGCAUUAUGAAUUUUGCUAUUUAUUUCAUGACGAUUGAAUGAUACACAUAUGAGCGCGGACAACAAACAAGUAGACAUUUAUCUGGUUUUUUCUUAACGAUUUCCAUUUUUUUUUUUUUUUUUUUCCAAGCUUCUCAAGCUUGCAGGCUGGAGCGAUUCCGAGGUAUGUCUACAACCAACGUCACUGCCUCGGGCUCGCAUGAACAACUGACAAUAACAUGACUUUGGAAAUAUGCAUACAUGAGACGCGAGAACCGUCGGUUCACUUUUUAAUUAUCUAGCCUUUCGAUUGAACGCUGCGAGAGACGAUUUUAUGUCGAUUCAGAGGAUAAAUACUGCUCAUUUUCUCCUUAGUACGUGCGCCGUCAUGUAUCAAGAUCGUAGAAUAGUAUUACAUAUUGUGGCCAUUUAUACUCAUCUACCCUGCACGUUUAUACCCGCCGCCAUUUAUUUAUUCCCUCUCGCAGAUUAUUAAAUCUUAUAACGUAGACUGUACGGAUACACGCAGUUUGGUCAUUUUCAUCCUUUGAGACUAUGUGGCACAAAAAUAAUUGUCGGUAUAGUACGUGUAUUGGAAAGUUUGUAAUCUCUCAAUAGUAUCUACAGUGAAUUCAAAGGAGUUUGCCUCAGGCGAACGAUAACAUCCGACAUUCGGAUACCUAAAAAUUUUUUUUUACUUCAAUGAAAUUCAACCAAACGAUACGAUUCGAUCGGAUGAAAAAUUGAACAUCCUGGUUUAUCACAUAUACGCAAUAAAAAAUUUUGCAUCCGAAGAAAGCUGAAAAUUUUCAUACGAUGCUCCGAAUCCGAUCUAUUUGAAAAAUUGAACUUUCUCAACAUCCGAGGACCAAAAUGAGAACCAACGAUGCAAAGAAAAAUCCAUCGGGAAAAGUAGCCGGAUUCCGAAAUGAAUAGUAGACUGGAAUAAUCAACUCGACCUUGAGUUAAGUUCAUUGUAACCCAGAGUACCACUUGAGUAGAUUAAAUUUUGCACGUGUCGGCUUUUUUAUUCGAAUUAGAGAAAACCACCGUUCAACGAUCUAUGACGAGGCUGCGGCGGCUGAAUUCAGAACCGCGAGCGAAGAUCUAAGAUGUCGAUAAGUCGCGGCGUCCGUUCGGUGCUGCCAUGCGCAAGGAUUUGAAUCGUCAGGAAACUAAGGGAGGCUGGGGAUGGCUGCACGGUAGCGUCCUCUGAGCGUUGCAUCGAAUCUUUCUGAACUAACGAACCAUUGAUGACUCGGUCCACUCUGGUCUGUCAGUGAGCGACGGAGGAACAGCUGAUUAUCGUUUUCACGUGGGCAAUCAGCUGUGAGCUACCACGAUGGAAGAUUUAUCAGCAGAAGACUUGGCGAUUCCGCCAAUUAAGUACGAAUAUUUGGAUCACACAGCCGAUGUUCAAUUGCACGCGUGGGGCGAAACCUUAGAAGAGGCUUUCGAGCAAUGCGCAAUGGCCAUGUUCGGGUACAUGACGGACUUGGAUAAAGUGGAAAUGAAGGAGAUUCACCACUUGGAAGCCGAGGGACACGACCUCCAGAGUUUGCUGUUUCAUUUCUUGGACGAACUGCUUUUUAUGUUCAGCGCAGAGCAUUUUCUCGUAGCCAGGAAAGUGAAGAUCACGGAAUUCGACGUCGAAAACUUCAAGAUAAAAGCAAUGGCGUUAGGAGAGGAAUUCACGCUUGGAAAACAUCCUCAAGGAACAGAAGUUAAGGCUAUCACUUAUUCAGCAAUGCAAAUUUACGAUCGCCCUGUUAACGAGAGACCGGAAGUGUUUGUAAUCAUCGAUAUUUAAUCCCCAUAACCCGAAUAAUUUUCCUAUCGCCUUAUUUCCGUGGCCUUUCCAUCGUUAAGGCAUUUGGACCCUUGCCUUGGGAAAUACUUUAAUUUCAAGAGAGGGAGAAUUACCUCUCCUCCUCAGGCCUUUUGUAGAACGUGGGGUUCGAAUAAAUACGUUACGAAAGAAACACCGGGCCCCCUUCUUAGCCUCACGCGCAGGGCUGGCUCAACAUUACCUCGGACCUCCCCCUCCCCCUUUUGCGUUCUCUUCCCGAACCCGUUUCCUGGAAUCCGUAUUCCUUGGGGUUUAAUCAUGCGAUUUUUAAUUCAUAGAUUUUUGUGUCCAUACCUCUUUACCCCAAUUCAAAAGAAUCAAACGUCACCAUCGCAUUAACAUGUAUUCACUGACAUUGUAGCAUCUACGCAUCAAAUUAGUUGGGAAGAAUUAUUGUACGAACGAAAAUAUUGUUUAUUGAAAAAUUUUGUAUUGUACAUAUUAUAUUUAGCAUUUUUUUAU